CGCAAGGUGCUGAGCAGGCGCAAAGCGCUCCAGGAUUUCUACAAGUUGGACGCGGCCCGCCCGACCAGUCCGGCCAACAAUGCGCCUGGCCCUCCAAACCACGCUGACACUGCCGGCGACCAGAGCAUCGGCACGCCGGAACACGGCUCCGGCGCCGAGGACCAGGACGUGGAUCUGCUCUUGCAGACGCUUGGCGACGACAAGGCCAUGGACGAGUUCCUCAAGACGGCCGGCGCCCGGGACGUUCUCCGGGUGCGCAACGCCGCGGCCAACAGGCUCAACGGCCACGAUCUGGAGCGCAAGUCGAUCAUCUACAACAACUACUCGGAGCUCAUCAAGCUCAGCCACAUUCUCAACGAUGUGUUCGACCAGAGCACGCCGGAGUCGGAGUUUUCGCAUGCGCAGGACCAGGGCUCGGUCGGCUCCCAGAACAUCGACGAGUACUUGGCGGGGCUCUCGCUGUUCUUGGCAUCCGAGGCCGCGGUGUUCAACCUGGACUUUCCGUCCGUGGUC